UAUUUUAUACCCUCUUCAUUUUGACCCCGACCCUUGGUCCCUAUAUCGAUACCUCGAAGGAAAAAUCACCCCUAACAACAAAUCGGAAGAUCGUCUCCAACAACACAUAUUGGAAAAUGGUUUGCCUGGCAUGUUUGUUGCCCCUGUUUCUCGUUCCAAUUGUCAACAUCCUGCCCGUCCUCUUCGAUUACAUCAUGGGAAAAAUCUAUGCUCUUUUCGGGUGGGAGUACAGGAAACCGGAGAGGGCUCCUCCAGCAUGCCCGUACAAGCCUGCAGCGAAAGGGGAUAGCCAAGUUGAUGCUGAUGCUGGACCGGCUCCGGUAGAGCCUGUUGAACCCGGACGAAUAGAUAAGAAGCAGGAUUAAACCGGGGUAGUUUCUCGGCCGCCAGGUUGAUCGGACGUAAACAGUUAUGACCCCAUUUACAUGGUUUGGGACUGUGUUCGUAGCUCUUAUGUUAUUGGGGGGGAAAAAAAAGACAAAUGAAUUUAGAUGGGAGCUAAGGUCGUUAAUGAUAUAACUUGGUAUAAUGGUGAGUGUGUAAAGAUUGUUCCCAUCUUUUCAGACCGGUUAGUUAUAAUUCUUCAGCUCGAUAUUUAAGUGAUCGAAUAUUAUUCGUUUAUUUUGUUGCUUCGUUCGUUGGGGAGAGAAGAGAAUCAAACGUGUAAGGCUGAGGAAAAGAGCCUUUGUACUU